ACAUUGUGAAAUGAUCGAUCGAUUGAUGUGUUAUCUUGGUUAGUACUGCGUGUUAACAUACAAUACCAAUCCAGGAAGUAUAAAUGAAGUAGUUUUCCAUGAAUAAGACAGUAUUUCUUUUAAAUUUAAUUUGUUAAAACUGUAUUUUCAUGUGAACGGAACAAAAAGGAAUAAUGGCGACAAGUAUUACUCUGCAGUUACUGGACUAUACUGUAGACCAAGAGUUUAGUAAGGCAAAAGCAUUAUGUGAGGAAGCAACUGUGGAAAUUAACACACUCGUAGAAAAAAAGGGUAAACAAUUCACGGCCAGUCAAACUGAAGCUAUCGAAAAAGUUCGAAAAGUAAUAAACAAUUUGGUUACCAACCAGACAAAGUCCGCUAAAGCAAAUGCAUCGUCAACAACUUCGAAGUUUACUCAGCAUAUCGUCGCAACCUAUUUUAAGAAAGGCGAAGCAUCAAGUCAAAACUAUGAACAAAAGCCCAUCACUGAUCAGGGCAUGCAUGGAAGUAUCCACAAAAAGAAACAUGAUACGAAUAGACAGUCGGACGGACCACGAGGGGCACAACAGAUUGAUGCAAGUGAAGAAUAUAAGAAAAAUCAAGCAAGUAAACAAGCAAGCCAUGCACUGAGGCUAAACAACCCUGACAUUGCUGACCUUAGUGAUGCGAACAGACCAACCAAAAUAGCUGAAAAAUUUUCCGAGCUCUAUGAUAAUGAGUGGACAGAGGCGUUUGAAUCACUUUCUAAAACAGAGAGUUCGGAAAAAAGAAACAUUGAAACCCUCCUAAACAUUGUCACGGGUGCGUAUGAGUUUUGUCGGGUAGAAGCAGAUAGGCAAAUUGACAAUCUACAAUCAAACUGUAUAGAAGUUUUUAAAGGAGAAAAAGUAUCGCCAUCCCGAAAGUAUACAGAUCCGCCAAAUGAUAAAGGUAGAGAAUACCUAGUUCAAUACCGGAAAGGCAUCGCCCAACUUUCUUUGCAGAAUUUGCCGGGCAAGUUUAAGAAUGUGAUGAAAAUCAAAUACAAUGACGAGAGAAUAAUAGCUUAUGUAGAUAAAGCCGUCGAGCUGACAUGGUGGAUGGCGGUUCAAGACCCUCCAGUUUACAUGUGCCCGACUACAACACAUUUCGAUAGCAAUCUUUACAAGCCUUAUACUCAGUCCGGCAAGACACCAGACUUCUUCGUGUGGCCUGCUCUCAAAUUAUAUAAGGAUGGUGGACUGCUUAUGAAAGGUGUGGUACAAUACAAAAACUAAGAAAGGAUACACAGAUUCCAUGGCAUUUUUUAUGUCGGGAGUGAGGAAUUUUCCGUCCAUGACGUUUGUAAAUAGCAAUUUAGCACAAUGACAAAAAUGGAUUUGUUUGAUAAGUUAAGAUUUUCUUAUGCGUUACAAUUGUUUACACGAUUCUAACGAGGAAAAAUAAUGACAAUUAUGGUAGACAGCAUUGUAAACGUUGUAUUAAUUGUGUAUUAAUAGUAGAUUAAUUGUGUAUUAAUAAUGUAAAGUUUGCAGACUUCUUGUUGAUUAUUCACCAAAAUGUGGCCGCUUUAAAAAAAGUAAAUGCCAGCGACUAAUAAGAUAUUUAAUGACUUCUUGUCCCAAACAUUACGAUUAUUUACGCUUCAAAUGACUGGAUGUAACUGUGUUCAAAUUCAAUAUAUUCAGUCACUUAUUCAUUAUUAGAGACUGGAUGAAAAGAAUAGGAAUGAUACUUAAAAUGAAAGACUUACAACAAAAUCCAGAACACGCGAUUUUUACAUCUGCACCUCAUGUUCACACAAAUACUUUACUUUAUAUUAACUUUACUGUAGGAAGCGUAUGCCGGAGUAACAUAAAAUUUUGACCCUGUUGA